AUGGCGAUCCCGUCCACGCCGAGCCAGCACACCAACGUCACAUGCGGAACGAGCUGCUCCCGCUCUACUCGCUGGGCGUCUGCGGCAGCGACGAGCUCCAGGAGGUCGCGAACUUCAUCCAUCGGCGUCGUGUGCCUGCUGGGCUUCAUGAUGGUGCUGGAUCUCCGCGCGCCGCGGUGCCCGCACGAACAAUCCUACGACACGGAGCUAGCCCUAUUCCUCCGCCUGCACGUCACGCUCACCUUGCCGCUGAGCCCGAUGCCGAUGGUGUCGCUGACGAUCUUCUGCAUGACCCACGCCACGUUCCUGGAACCGCCCUUGGCCGUGCUCCCCGUGGCGAUGCCGCGCUUGAAGCUCUACGCAAUGGUGCUGCACCGCUUCCACACGUUCUUCAACAUGGAACUGGGCCUCUUCCUCGGCGUGGUUCUGGCGCUCCUGAACCUGCUUUGCGUGCCAUUGCCGCCGGUGGUGUCCGUCCUCGUGACGCUGGUGAUGCUUUCGAUGCUCUUCGGCCCUUUGUGCAUGCCGCUGCCGCUGGUAGCGCCCGUCUUCGUGAUGUACCUGUCAUGCGUGCCGCUGCCGCUGGUGGCGCCCGUCUUCGUGAUGCUGGCGAUGCCCUCGCUGCUCUCCGCCCCCUCGUCCGCGAAUGGCAUCGGGCCGCACGGCGCAAGACGCUGCUCCAGAACAGGCCGUUCAUCCGCUGCUUCGGCGACGCGUGGUUCGACCGUGCGUUCGGCACCUGCUUGUUCUCGGAGUGCGACCAGACCGUCGAGGAUUCCGCUGCACAUGAUGAUGCUGCCGCUGGUGGUGAACCAGUCCACGACGACGCCGCCGUGCGCGGCGAACAACCUGUUCUCGCAGCACAUCCUGUCCAUCGCCCUGCCGAUCCUGAUGCUGCCGCGCGCGGCGCUUGACCCCUACACGAUGUACAUGCCGAUGCUGCCUCUGGUGGUGUACCAGGGCACGAUGUCGCUGACGCUGGUGCCGAACGGCCUGUUCUCGCAGUUGUUCCUGGCACUCGACCUGUCGAUUAUGAUGCUGCCGCGCGUGGCGCCCGAUCCCUACAUGUUGAAUAGGCAGGUGCUGCCCAUGGUGGCGAACAAGUGCACGAUGACGCUGACGACGCCCCUGUUGCUGCCGCUGUCCUUCCCGAUGGAGCCCAGCAUGACUGGGCAGCUCCUCGCAUGCCGUUCCUUCGACGCUCGGACCUUCUGCAGCUACACUGCUGCGGUACGACUCUCGCUUGCCGUGUAG